AUGAAUUAGAAACCAUUAAAAGUUUACAAAAUUUAAAUUUAACCAUCAAUCAAGUCAAUCAAAUGUUUAAAACCCAAGAAGCUUUAAAGAUUAAGAAAAGAAGAGAAAUCAGACAAGAGAAGAAGAAUGCUAAAACGAAAGCAAAAGGAAAAGGAAAAGGAAAAGGAAAAGUGGAAAAGACUAAAGAAGAAAAGAAGAGUAGAAGAGAAGAAUUAUGGGAAGCUAAUUUAGCUGUUGGUGAAUAUUCAGUUGAAUCAUUUGUUUUUUAAAUCUAAAGAAGAAGAAGAAAAAAAAAACUUGAGUUUUUUUUCAUUAUACCUUUAAAACCACUAGAAAGAACAAACAGAAAUGGAUUGGUUAUAUACAAUUUAUACUUAGAUUUUGAUAAGUAACAAGGAUUUGGAUGAGAUAUCUCUUUUUUCUUUGAUGUUUGAAAGUUUGAACUCUUGGAUUUAGAUUUGGAUUGGCUUUGUCUUGGAUUUUUUGGUAUACAUACAAUACAACAAGAAGUUUAUAAAUUCAAAUUGAAAGAGAUUUUUUGAUUAUAUGGAUGGGAGUUGUAUACAUAUCAUUUUGAAGUCUAGUGAUGAUAAUCACAAAUCUGGAAAGACUCCUUUGGGUAAGGUAUUUUGAGACAAUCAACUUCAAGAUUUCGUCGAAUUUUUACUAUGUGGCCUAGCUUAUUAAAUAUGGUAUUGAGUUGAAUGAUCAUGUCUUAAUUAAUAAGUACACACCAUC